UAGAGUGGCUAAUGGUCGGUUAACUGCUUUUAUAUUUUAAUUGGCUAAAAAUGAUUGUAUUAUUUCUAUAGGCAUAAGCUAUAAAUACGUUACGUAAUAGUUAAAGUUUUCAUAGUACCUAUAGUUUCCUAACCUGUGGGCUGAGAUUAAAAGUUUUUAAAAUAAAAAUAACACUCGGUUGUACCAGAUGAUUAUUGCAAUGGGCGUUUUAAUGUUAUGCUGUUUCGUGCAGUGAUGGUUUUUAUUAGAUUCCCUUUUUAUUGGUUCAGUAUUAUUAGUUUGUUGCUAAUAAACGUGUGCUCGAAAGGUUUCACUUAAUUUGAAAAAAUAAACAUUGUGUAUUGUUUGCUUGAAUCAAUUUUUAUGAUGGAAGACUAUUGGAAAACAGUUAUAUGUAAUCGACUAAAGAAUAGGAACAUAAGAGAACUUGAUGGCUAUCAAAGCCUUAUUAAUUUUUAUAAUAAGUUGUAUGAAAGUUCAUUACUUUUGCGAGCUCAAAAUUCUAAAUUAGAAUCACAAAUUUUACGAGGAAAUUCUAGUGGUGAUCUAAUGCUUACAGAAAAAAUCUCUACAUUAGAACAGAAAUUACUCAUGCAACAGGAAGAACUAACUGAAUUACACCGAAGACGUGGAGAAAACGCUCAACGAAGUAUUGAUUUGAAUGCAAAACUACAACAAGCUGAAAAAUUAUUACUUGAUAAAAAUAACAGUCUGACAGAAAACACUAAAUUAAUAUCAAGUCUUCGAGCUGAAAUAUCAUUAUAUCAGAAAAAUAACAAUGAGUUGAAACAACUUAAUCAAGUUUUGAAAGAUGAACACCAAGCUCUUCAACUGGCUUUUACUAAACUAGAAGAAAAAUUACGUAAAUCUCAAGUAAUUACUCAAAAAUCAUUAAUAAGUUUUAUUUAUGCUACUGUCAUUUAGAUUAGUACUGUACUUAUGUUUAAAAUGUUUAUGUAUUAUCUAGUACAUAUUUAUUAUGUCAUCAUUAAAAGCAAAGUAGGAGAAAUAUUAUUUUUCACGAGGCUAAGGUGAAG